AAAUUCUACAAGAAAAAUCUUGUAUCCCUGUGUUAUGGAGCCAUCCCCAGUCUCCUCGACCGCGCAGCUUUGAGCAAAAACCAAGAUGGCGGAGAAAAAACGAGAGAUGAAGGUGACUGCUCAAGAAAUGGCGGACGCCAAGUUGCCCCUACAUGCUCGUGAUUACUGCGCUCAUCUGCUCAUACCACUCAUGAAAUGCCGCAAGGACACCUACUAUGUACCCUGGAAAUGUCAUCACGAGAAGCAUGCUUGGGACAAGUGUGAAUAUGAUGACUUUAUGUACAGAGUGAGAGAAAAGGAAAGACGAAAGCUUCAGGAGAAAGGACACAUUUGAUUUUCAGGAAAUUUUAUUUGUACAACUUAGCCUGUUGUGUUAACAAUUUUCAAAAUGAACCUUGGUCUGAUUAUAUCUUGUAAAUAAAUCCCUCCAAGUGACUCAGUUACUCUUAAACUUGUAUGUUCACUCUGUCAAAAUGAUGUUCUCUUGGCGACAAUUUUGUUGAAGUUGUACACUAUAUAGGAAUAACCAUCAAUAAAAGUAAUUUCUAUUUA